UUUCCUUAAGGCGCGAUGCCAUGCGCCCCGCCAUGGUAUUCUAGUGUUAUGAACACAUGGUGUUCUAAUAUUUCCUAGGCGCCCCACUAGUUAUAAUUACUAGAGUUCAUAUUUAUAAUUACUAGCAAAAAUCCAAAGCACGUGGUCAUAGUUUUGGACUUGUCAAAAUAGUCUAUAAAAAAUAAAGAUCUGCAUAGUAAACAUCCAUCAAAUGGUUCGCAUAAAAACAGGCGAAAUUGACAAAUAAAUAUACUAGAGAAGACAUUUCACAUAGAUAUAAUUAUGUUAUGUGAGAAAAUAUUAUGAUAUGGCAAAAAUAUCUGUAGUAAACACAUGUACGAAAGCCAAAAAUGUAUUAUCGUUGAGGACAAACGAUGCUCCCACGAUUUGGUCUUCCCUGAAUGGAAUUAUUAACGUUUUCAAACCUGCUGGAAUCAGUGUAUUUCGUAUCAGCAAUACAAUUAUUGCUAACAUUUGCAGAGAUUUGAACGAUCAACAUGUGAGACCUCCAAGGAAAAUAGUUGCAAUAGACAACAAAACAGAUUGUUAUGAAGUUUCUGUAAGAGAAAGUUUUGCUGAUAACACUUUGGUAGUAGGGCCGAGAUAUCAAAUGCAAGAUGUGAAGAUUAACCCAGCUGCAUCAUUAGGACGAAAUACAAGUGGUUUAUUAUUACUUGGGGUUAAUAGUGGUUGCAAAUUGGCUAAUCUGAUAUAUAGAAACAAACCGACAAGAGCAUAUCAAAUUACCGGCAAGUUUGGAGAAGCUACGGAUAAUUAUUUUUCUACAGGCAAAAUAGUGGAAAAAGCUACUUAUCAUAGAAUACGCAGAAGCAAUAUUGAUUCAUUACUCGCAUCAAUGCAAGCAUCACACCAAAAAAAAAUGUUUGAGCAAUGUGGAGUUGAUUUAGAAUCUCAAGCGGCAUAUGAACUAGCAAUAAAAGGUCCAAUCAGACCAGCAGAAUAUAAAUUACCUGUUGUGUAUGGAUUAAAAUGUAUAGAUUUUUCCCCACCAUACUUUACGAUAGAGGUACAAUGCAUAAAUGAAUAUGAGCAAUAUUUAAUGACAUUGAUACAUGAUAUUGGGUACCACUUGCAUUCUGUAGCACAUUGCAAUAAAAUCAGAUGCAUUAGACUUGGACAUUUCCGAGUCGAUGACUCAUUGUUAAGAGGAUAUUGGAAUUUACAAGGAUUUACUACUUCAAUUACUAUGUCAAACAAAAUUCUAGAGAAACAUCCAGAAAUGUUGAAACAAUAUGAACCUUCUUUAGGUUAAAAAAUAAUCAACUACAAUGAAUUCAA